AUGUGCAGCAACUACUUCUACUACCUAGUAGUACAAGAACUACCUACAAGUAGGAGUUUGAGUUUGCAGCUUGUCGUUGUCGUGUUAUUAGUGCUUCAACAAGACGGACCAACGUCCGACAACACCACUCCCUUUGAUGUUAAUAUAAGUGGAGAAAUUAUACGAAUCAGAAACAGAAGCUGGCGUUGUUAUAACCAAGGUUGACAUACAGCACCGUAAUUGUCCAUUUCUAACUUUCAUCUUGAGCCUUGUUCUACUUACUCGCUAUUUCGUUCGUUGUGUAAAAAUCAAUUAGAACCGUAUAAUCCCCCCCUUACUUUUUUUGAUCUUUUCUUACUCCUUUUUUUGAAUGGCCUCAUGAGAAGCCCCGAUGUAGAAUAUUUGUUUAAGAAUCAAGACACGGCGGUGGCAAUAUGGGAAGAGCCCUCAAGAAUAACCUAGGUAACGACAUCAUUUGUCUAUGUUUUAGUAUGUAGUACGCAAAAUCCAUUACCAAACAAGCUGCCGAGCCCAGGGAGGAAUCUGCACAGAUGUGUUCCGGCCAUCAAGAACUUCCAAGAGAAUCGCUACGUCAAGUGUGUUGAUAAGGGCAUUACCAUUACAUUUACAAGACAACGACCGUAGCCAGGCGAAACAUGAGAGAAAACAACGAGGCAUACGCAUAUGGAAGAAGUAAAUCUGUUUCUCUUUUAGUAUCUAAGUAGUCAGCAAAGUAAAAA